UGUUAACUUUUUUGUCUUUGGGCGAUGCUAACUUGCUGACAAAAUUAAAAGCAACAAAAUAAUUUUUUCCAGCUAUUAGUGAAAAUUUGAUUUAUUGGCUCAAGUUUCCAGUCGAGAACAAAACUAUUGGUCUUUUUUUGCUUUAGUUAUGUCUGUACGCCCCAUGUGGUUUUCACAACAAUGUCUGAAGCAAAUGAUAUAAAUUCCGACAAUCUUUGCACGACGGAAGACGCAUUUGAAAAAUUUCAAGCGGUGUCUGUAUGUGAAGAAGAGGUGGAAUACAUUACGCUGUCCGACAUCGUGUCCCCGCCACCUCCCAACCACGACCCAAGUGAUAUUCUGCCCGAACUGCUCGCCGACGAUGUAAGUCCACCUCUCGUACCAGAAGAACCUGUAAACCAAGUAACAUCUACAACUGAUCAAAAUGUACAAGAAAUCCUACCGUCACCGAAAAAGCGGGGGAGAAAAAAGAAAGCUAAUAUGGAAUCGAGCAGUUGUCCAGUAAGUGGCCAAACUGAAUAUUACGACUCUGCGACAGUAAUUGACAAUGAAAGCAUUAAAAACAAUAUAACAUCCCUAGGGUUAGAAAACAGUUUUGAUAACAGUACAACAAACAAAGAGCAAGUGUUACCUGAAGCUCUCAUCAAUUCUAUCCCAAAUGAAACACCGAGGAUUUCUAGAAGGGGACGAUAUAUUAGGAAACCCGUAAUCAAGGAACCUAUUCAACAAAAAAUACCAAACAAGAGAGGUAGAAAACCAAAACAUCUACAAGUACCUGCCCCCUCUUUAGAAGAUGAGAAAAAUGUAACUCAAUAUUCUAAUAAUGAUAAUACAUCUUUGGAACAACCCAAAUUGGAAACUGUUAAAAGAGGAAGGAGAAAGAAAAGAAUACCAUCUGAAUGUAUAGAGUUUUCUAAUGAGGUUAUAAUUGAAAAUGAAACCAAUCUUGAUUUAGUACCACCAGUUGAAGAAACUUCAUUGCCUAAUGUGAAAAGGAAAAAAAGGGGCAAGAAAAUUAAAAAAUACGAUUUAAAUGAUACUUCGACUAUAGAAAAAGAACAAAAAAGUGAUGAAGUUGAACAACUAACAUGUUAUAAUCCAGAAUUAUUUGCAAAUGAGUUAACAGAAGAUGAAAUAGAAGACAUGCCAUUAGUGGCAUUAAGUAAUAAAAUAGGUAAUGACAGAAAAACUGCCACAUCUGAUAUCCCAUUGGGUACAGAGAAUGAAUUAUUGAUAGAAAUGACUAAAGCAAGUGAAAUAAAAGACAAUGUUGGUGUGCAAAAAACUCAAAAAAAACGUGGCAGACCUAAAAAAGUACAUACAAAUGAUUUUACUCUAAACCAGUCGCCUGAGAGUGAGAAAGAUAUUAUUACUACUAACAGUAUAGGUAAACACAUAAACAUACAAGAACAAGAAACAAAUGAUUCAAAAAUGUGUAUUGAUGAAUUAUCAGCAAAUAAUAAUACUUUUGAUAAUAACGCUAAGGAUGAGGCGACAACCUUCCAGGAAUCCCAAGAAGAUAUACUCAAUGAUUCUCCUAAUAAAAGAAACUCAAAAAAGCCUAUUAUGUCAGACUUUGAAUAUAAUAUAGAUAGUAUUAUUAAAAAUGAUAAUGAAAGUGACAAUGUUGCAUCAAGAUUAAAGGACCCUAGUGAGCCAGAAACAGAGGAUUCAUCAAAAAGACCUGUUCGUCGUAAAGUAAAAAAGAAUUUACAUUAUGACGAAGGAUCAGAUGAGGACCCUUAUGCUAACAUUGAGCUAUCGGAUGAUGAACCACGAAGAAGGAAGGGUGGAAAAUACUAUUCUGAUGAUGAAUAUAUUCCAGGUGGUAAAAGACAACUAUCAGAUGCAUCUGAUAGUGACAUUGACAUUGAUGAGGAUGUAGAUGUAAAUGAAUUAUUAGGUGAAUCUAUAAAACACAGAGGUAGAAAAUACAAAGGGUCUGAAUCAGGGUCUAGUCCACGAAAAAGAGCCAAAAAAGGAGAUAAAAGUAAACCAAAUAAUCUUGAUGUUUUCACUCAAAAACCUACCACAGAAAGUACUGAUGAUCUUGAAGAUUUAUUAGAAACAUCAGUUAUCAAAACCAGUGAUGAUACUCCAAAAUCUUGGGGUUCAACCAAAGAGUUUAAUGAUUUUCUUAUAAAAAUAUCUCAAGCACCAGACAUUAAAAUCAAAAAAGCAAAAUCAAUGGACACUUCAAAAGCUCCUCUGCAGAUACCAAUUAUAGACCAAAAUGAGGUAAAAAAAACUUAUGAAAUGUGUGCACAAACUGAUACUAUUACCACUAAGUCUGUUUUAGUUCAGACAACCAGUGUUCAUGAAUUGCCCAUGAAAAACCAAGUUCAGCUGACAAGUGAGCAGUCAGAAAAAGCUUGUGAGUUCCUAUCAGGAAUCGUAAGGACAACUGCAGAACUAGGUCAACUUAUGAUACAAAAAUCUGAAAAUUUCAUAGAAAAGAAAAUUAAUACUACCCAUGUAACAGAUACAUUAAAAAUGGACUUUUGUGUUCAAAAAUCUUUUUUACUAUUUAGACUAGCUAAACAUAACUUAGUUCAAAUGGAAGAAGAUCUAGCAAAACAAUAUACUGAAUUUUUAAAGGAAAACAAUUUGAUUCAGCAUAGAGAAGAACUAAAAGUUAUUGAACCCACUUCCAAAGCUGCAAAUAGUGACAGUGAUUGUGAAAUUGUUGAAGAACCAUUGGAAAAUAAUAAGGAAGUGAAACAAGCUUUUAAUCCGAAAACUGUCUUCCUCAACAAAGAGUUGUCCAUUAAAAUAGCCAAAAAAUCUUGUGAGGAACCAAAACCGAAAGAGAAGGUGAAUGUAAAAGGUAGACAUACGGUUUGGAUUAAUGACUCUAUAAUGGUUAAAAAAGUAAAACCUACUCAGUCUUUUUUAGCCCAGGACAGCCGAAAUAAAAAACCACCUGAUACUUACAUUACAUUAAAAAUGGUAAGUGACUUUUUUAAGAUUUAUAAUCAGCAAAAGGCAAUAUCAACGUGCGCUCAACUUUUGAGACCUCAGUGGCUUAAUGUGAAGCAAAAUUAUUUUUGCUAUUAUUUUUUUCACAAAACAUGUGAAACUUCUGAAAGUUCUGUUACUAAUGAGGAAUUAACAGCUAAUGUUACAGUUACUGAAAAUUUACAAAACAUGAAUGAUUUGAAGCCAUUGAAUAUACACCCUAAAUCAUUAUUGACACUUUGUACAAAAGCUAUACAAAAAUUGAUGCUUGUUGAAGAUAAUGACACAGCAAAGAAAUGUUUUUUAAGUCCAAACAUUAAAACAAGCAGUCUUAAUUCUGAUAUUUUAUUAAGUAUCUGUGAAGAUGAAAUGAAAGAUAUUAAAUGCUUAAGUGAUUUAAAUGGAAAAAAAGUAAAUGUUGGCCAUCUUAAAACACUUUGUUAUAAGAAGCUUGUUGAACUUAUCUGUAUGCCUGAUUUCAGUGAGAGUAAUGUAGAAAAGGUUCUGACAUACAAAUGCAAGAAAAAUAACAGUAUUUAUAAAAUAAAUGAAGAUACUCGUGAAGAAAAAUGUAGUGCAUUUAUAGAGAAAAAAAAACCAUUACUGGAUACUCCUAAAUUUAUAGAGAAAGUAGAGCCGUUAUUUACCCUUUGCUUAAGAAUUAUACAAGAUAGCCAAAAAGCACAUGAAACUCCAAUAUUUGUAAAUAAAAGAAGAUUUUUUGAACCACAUUCAUUAAAAUCUAUAGUUCUUAAUAAAGUAAAAAAUGUUAUUCAGAAACAAAUAGGCCUCAGUGAUAAUCAUGCAAAUAAAACAGAUAUUUUUCAAGAUUGCGUUACUACUGAACCAAUACAAAUAAAUAAUUUUAAUUUUGAUAUAAAAGAACCAAGUUCUCUAAAUUUUCUUUGUAUUGAUGUUCUUAAUAAUCACAUCCUUUAUAGAUUGAAUUCAAGUUUUCCAAAUUCUCUUAAAUCACUUUGUAUUAACCAUGUUAACAAUAUCUUAAAUAAAGAAGAUAAAAAUGAUGGUCAAUUUACCAUUGAAUCACAUAUAGGUGAUUUAAAUUUUACCAUUAAUAAUGUGAACACUGUCUCAGAAGAGGUCUUUUUAAAUGUUACUGAUGAAGAUUACAAUGAAGAUAAUCAAAUGGAAACAUUUGAUGGGGAAAAUAAUUUUUCUGAUGACUGUGAAGCUGACUAUGAAAAUGACGCAGAAGAUGAUAAUAAUGUUACAGAUGAUGAUAAUAAUGUUCCAGAAGAUGAUAAUAAUGUUCCAGAAGAUGAUAAUAAUGUUCCAGAAGAUGAUAAUAACUGGGUUUCCCAAGUUCAAAUGAAAGAAUUACGAUCUUUUAUAGAGCCCAUUAAUAAUACCGACAGCGAAAAAGCGCCCCAAGUUUCAGAUUUGCUUCCAAAGAGUACAGUAAACAUCAAAGCUGAGCCUUUAGAUGAACAACCUGAUAAUAUUGCAGAAACAAAUGUAAAAAUGGAGCCCCUGGAUGAAGAGGACUCUAGUUUUCUGCCUCUAAUAGAAACCAAACAAGAGCAUAUUGAGGCUAUGUCCUCUUCAAAAGAACCUAUUCAAAGACAGAAUAGCAAUAGUUAUGAUGAAAACACAUUUGAAACCUUUGUAAGUUCAAAUAAAAUGAUUACAUCGAUGACUAAUUACGAAUUUUCACAUGAUGAAGUUUUCACUCAAAGUACAUCUAGAGUUCGUAGACAGUAUGAACCUGAUUCUGAUGACGAAAUUGAAAAUUUAGCUGAUAGUUUAAAUUUGUUGGUACCUCAAAAUAUUGAGAAAGCUAAAGAUAGAUUAAUGGAAAGUAGUUCAGACGAAGAUACUAAUAAAAAAACUAAACCAGAGAAACGUGCCAGAGGAAGACCUAAGAAAAAUGCUAAAACUAAUAAUCCACAACCUGUUGUUAAAGAAAAUGUAGCAUCAAAAAGUGAAUUGGCUAUCUUAACUAGAAGAAUGAAAGAGAAAAUUAGGCAAGUUGAAAAGAAAAAUAAAUCUUCAGAGUCUGAAUCGGAAGAUACACCUUUAAAUGUUAUUAAAGAAACUAGUGAUCCGCAAUCUGCUAAAGAAAAUCUAACAUCAAAAAGUGAAUUGGCUAUCUUAACUAGAAGAAUGAAAGAUAAAAUUAAGCAAGUUGAAAAGAAAAAUAAAACUUCAGGGUCUGAAUCGGAAGAUACAUCUUCAAAUAUUAUAAAAGAAAAAGAAAAAAGUAGAGGCAAAUCUAGUAAAAAACAACCAAGUGACUGUAAAGAACCUGACAAAGAAAUUCAAUGUAGUGAUGUUGAUUCUACUGAACAGAUUAAUGAAUUUGACACCAAGCUGAAUGAAAUCACACCUACUAAAGACAAACAAAUAUCUGAAAAGGACACAAACGAAAAAGCUGCGGUAAGCUGUGAUAAAGAACUUAACAAUUUUAAUGAUGAAGAAAAUAAUGUAUCUGAUAUGGAUGAUAGGUCAAACUCGCCUUUAAUAAAUACUGAAGAUCCAGUGGAACUUCUAGAAUGUGAGCCAAAUAUUGCAAUGUUAAUGGAAAGGCCGCCUAUCAAGAAGAAACUGAAGAAGAAAGAUUUUUCUAAACCAGGGCCUCGUUGCUCAAAAAAAGAUUAUGUACCUUACAUUGACCGCCAUGGUUGGAAUUGUUAUCCCAUCAAUACUAAUGAUAGCAAGAUUUAUCAGGAUGCUCAGAUAUUGUUACACAAACUGCCAGAGUCGUUUGUUCAAACAUAUCUGAAAUACCAAGACCUAUCUGAGCAGUCUAAAGAUGAUUCAGAAGUUGACAAACUGACAAAUUUGCAAUCAUUACAUCGAGUUACAUCAAAAGAAAAAGGACGUCAGAAAACCAAAGACAAUAAAAAUAUCACUUCCGAACAUGGUAAAACAAAAUCUUCAGAAACUGACACAAACUUCCAGACCGAUGUCAAAGUUGAACCAUGUGAAGAGCUCUUGCCUUCUGAAGAUGAGGACGACAAUACUGGUUAUAUUACCCCUCCUGAUACAAUACAGCGAAGUGCAGAGAACUGUUUGGCGAAAGAUUUCUUGAUGAAUGAAGACAAUGAUAGUGAUUCUGAAAAACCAGAAGGAGCAAGUAAAAAACAAGCUAUAAAAAAUGACGAUGAAGAAACCGCCAUCAAAAAGUCAAAGCGUUCUUCAAAGUCUAAAACUGAUGAUGCACAAGUUAAGCCAAGUGAGGAGCUAAUGCUGACUGCAGAUAAGGUGAUGAACAAAGAGUUGGCACUGUUACACGCACCCGUUGAGCUAGACUCCGAAUUGCCUGAGAUUAAAUUUGCGACCAGGUCGGCAACAAAAAAUCCUAAUAAAACUAGUCCAAAAACACAUACAGUCAGAGAGAAUAAAGACAAAGACGAUUCCUCCUCAGAAGAAGAGAAGCAAUGGUUCACAACUAAAGAGAAGCUUCUCAAACGACUGGAGAAGAAGCAAGAAUGCCCAAGUGUGGAUGAUGCGAAACGUGCAAAGAUCAUCAACGAAUUCAUUGAGAAGCGCGUCGAGGGACCACAAAUAAGGUUGCGCGCUCGACCAAUUCGCAAACCUCGUUCCAGCAAGAAAAUGAUGGAAAGACGAAAGCAAAUGAAAAUACUUACUAGAGAGCUCUUAGGCGACGACGCUUCGCAUACAGGCAAGAAGUCCUACCAGACGUACGGGAAAGGGCGCCGCAACAUCAGGAAGGUGAUAAACAGAAAAGCACUGUCGCUGAGCACUGUGACGGCGAACAUGGAGGAGUCCCAACGGAAACAGAGGCUGGCAAUGCGGCAGACGCAACUUAGAGAGAUCCUCGGAUGCGAGGAAGGCGUCAACGUUGUGGUGAUCAACGAUGAGCUCUGCCUCGAGUACGACUUCGACACGCUUCAGCCGGUAGUCACCGUCCACCCUUUCUUCACUAAGGUCAUGAAGGCGCAUCAGUACGAGGGAGUGAAGUUCAUGUGGGACGCGUGCUUCGAGAGCGUGGAGCAGGUGCAGAGCGGGCACCCGGGCGGCGGCUGCAUCCUCGCGCACUGCAUGGGGCUCGGGAAGACGCUGCAAGUGCUGGCAUUACUGCACACGGUACUAACAAACCCACAAGUGGGCAUGCAGCGAGUGCUGGUGUGCUGCCCACUGUCCACUGUGCUCAACUGGGUGGACGAGAUCCACAAAUGGAUAGGUCCUGUUACAGGAAAGAUCAAGGUGUUCGAACUGUCGAAACUGAAAAAGACUUACGAACGCGCCUACCAACUAGAGGACUGGUACAACGGUGGCGGAAUAUUCAUAAUCGGUUACGAGUUAUUCAGAAGUCUGUCCACUCUCGAUCCAGUGUUAGACUGCGUGAGGGUCACCAUACUGAAUAAGAUCAGAUCAGCGUUAUUGGACCCCGGGCCGGACAUUGUCAUAUGCGAUGAAGGCCAUUUGCUAAAGAACGACUGUUCUGUGCUUGCUGUGGCCAUGAGCAGAGUCAGAACUAGACGGAGGAUCAUUCUGACUGGAACGCCGAUGCAGAACAAUCUGCGAGAGUACUACUGCAUGGUGAACUUUGUCAAGCCGUGUCUUCUUGGCAGCUACUCAGAAUAUUCUAAUCGGUUCGAAAAUCCUAUAAUGAACGGACAGCACAGGGAUUCCAUAGAAGAAGACAUAAAGCUCAUGAAAGCAAGGACCCACAUUCUUCACAAAGUGUUAGAAGGAUGCCUUCAGAGGCAAGAGGCUUCCGUCCUCUACCCGUAUUUACCAAAGAAGCACGAGUACACAGUGUUCGUAUCGCUAACCAAAAGUCAAAGGGAGAUGUAUAUGCACUACCUUAAGAAUUACGCCAAAGAAACUAAACAGAGUGUGCUCAAAGACUUCCAUGUGCUCCAGAAAAUAUGGACUCAUCCUCAGGUUUUGCACAACUUUUUCAUGAAGAGCCAGGAUGAUGAGAAGGAACAAAAAAUAAAAGUGGAGAAAGAGGACGACCUGGUGGCGGAGGACCUGGGCGCGUCGGAGGACACCAAGCCCAGCACCAUGGAGACGUGGUGGCUGCCGUACGUGUCCGAGAGCGACGUGCUGGACGAGCUGAACAGCUCCAACAAGUUCCUCGUCAUCUUCCGCCUGCUGGAGGAGUGCAUCGCGCUCGGGGACAAAGUGUUGAUAUUCUCAACGUCUCUGUACACGAUGGACGCGCUGGAGUACUUCCUGCGGCGCAUGAACCACUGGUCGCUGGGCCGCGAGUACUACCGGCUCGACGGCUCCGUGCCGGCCGAGGUGCGCCAGAAGUGGUGCCGCGAGUUCAACGCCGACACCAACACUGGGACCAAGUUGUUCUUGAUAUCGACGCGUGCGGGCUGCCUCGGGCUGAACAUGACCGCCGCCAACCGCGUCAUCAUACUGGACACGUCGUGGAACCCCGCGCACGACAUCCAGAGCAUAUUCCGCGUCUACAGGUUCGGCCAGAGGAAGGACUGCUACAUAUACCGGCUGGUGGCCAUGGGCACUAUGGAGCAGAAGAUCUACGAGCGUUCGGUGACGAAGCAAGCGGUGGCGUGCCGCGUGGUGGACGAGCAGCAGAUCGACCGCCACUACAACAUGUCGGAGCUGACGGAGCUGUACAGACUGGACGAGGACGGCACGGGCGUGGCGGCCGGGCUGGCGGCGGGCGUGCGGGACGCGGCGCUGCUGCGCGUGGCGGACUACGACACGUCCACCGGGCCGCUGCUGUACGCCGUGCACGAGCACGACUCGCUGCUGCGCGGCUCGGGCGAGAGCGGGCUGGCCGAGGACGAGCGCGCCGCCGUCUGGAGCCAGUUCCAGGAGGAGCACGCCAACAAGCAUAUACAGAAUAUCGCAUUGAAGCUUCCAAAAAAUCCCAAGGUCAACGGAGAGAAUGCCAAACAAGACCCUAAUAAUCAAACUGCGCCUAAUGCGCCCGACGCGAAGCCAAAAUCUAAAAGAGGAAGAAAACCAUUAGCCAGUAAAAACCCUCCGCCGGCUCAACCUUCAACAAGUUCUCAAGAUAACCGCGUUCUGGACCAGGAAGAGUCGAUGAUACAAAAAAUUAUGCAAAUUCUUAUUCAACACAACUUCCAUACCAACGGGCCAGAAGAAAUCGGUGAGCUAAUCAAAAAUGUACGAAAGACUGUAUCAAAUCCUAAACGAAUGAGCUUUAGACACAUCGACCCGAUGACAGCGAGCAUUGCUCAGGUUCUGUUAGAGGAGGAUGCCAUGGCUGCAGCACCUAAGCUGACCGUCGAAAAUUCCGACCAAAGCCAGUACGUGGAGCCGGCGGAGUCGACAGAAACGAUAGUUGGAACCCUAGCAGAUUACAACACUAUAUGUUUCGAUCAAAAUGAAGGUCAGGAAUUGCUGAUGGAACAGCCGCUUAAAAGACGUCGGAGAAAACGAAACGAAGCUGAUUCAAAUUCCAUUCAGGAUCAAAACGAAUUAGCCGAUACAGAUUCGACGGAGAUGAUCGUCGGCACCCCAGUAGAAAACAGUAUAUUCUUCGACGACUCUACAGAAGUUCAAGAAGUAGAAGACAUUCCGCUUAAGAAGCGAAGGCGCCAACGGAGGGAAUCUGACGAGGAAUAUGUCCCGGAUAAACAGAAAAUUAAAAAGUUGACAGAUAAACUGAAGCCGAAAACAAGAAAAUCAAACGAAUACAAUCCUAACUCUAACUCUGAAAACGCCGAAGAAAUGAUCAUUUCCGAUCUGCCGUCAACGGAAAAUACAACACCUAUCAUUGCAGAAGAAGAAGUGCCACAACAAACAGUUGCCACAAACAGAAAAGCUUCUGGUAAAAAAGAGAAAGAUAAAGUGAAAAAGAAAAAUCAACCCGAACUAGAGGUCAUUAGUGACAAAGUACAAGAACCAGAGAAUGUCAGUGAAAGUAUUUUACUGAGCGACGAUGACGAACCAGUGACUGCGCCCGCUAAAGCACCAGAUGUAAUCCCGCAAAGUAAUAUAAAGCUCGAGAAACCGCAAAGCGUUAUGGUUAAGCAAGAACCAAAGCAAAGCAAAGAACCACCAAUACCUUUACACAAGUCGCUAUUAACCAACAAAAACUUCAUCAAAAUAGUAGCUCACACUUACCUCACCGGCAACCCGAUGCUGGACGAAGACGCAGCGGUGCUGGCCGCUCAGUACAGCACGCUGAAAGCUCUCAAGGAGUUGGAGGCGACCAACAAAGACAUUGUCAGUGGUCCGAUAUACGAUAUUGCUGUGCAGGUGUUAGGAAGAGAUUUGCUAAAGAAGCUCCAUAACGCCAGUUCUACUAAAAAAGACGACGACAUCCAGACAACGAGUUCACCGAUAACGGCACACACAGACACUUCUGACGUAAACAAACCUGUAGAUGACGCACCGGUCGAAGUUAAAAACAAACCGGGCCCCAGAGGCAAAUCUUUGGGUGUCAAGAGAGAGUCGACGAAGAAAGAGAAACAUACGAAAACUAGUACAAUAACAAUCGACGAUGACUUCCCUGCGCCGUCGACUAGCACCGCUCCGGCGCCCAGGAGACGGCCUGGACCACGGACUGCCGUGUCUGCGCCGGAAGUGGUGCCUGUGGGACUGUUCCAAGGUCCGUCGACAUUGCUGCCGAGGUUUCCAUCACAAGACGAGUGCAUACUGCCAGAUGAUGACGACGCCAUCAUCGUCGGCGACGCUCCGACCAUUGUCGAACACACAACAAGUAAACGCGACACUCGAAAUCGCAUUUCUGGUGAACAAACAGUCGUUCAGCCCAAAGUUGUGCAGAUUGUUCAAAAGCAGCCUGUGGUCAAUCCGAUACCUCUGCCUCCGCCUCCAGCAGCUUCACCAGCACCGACUCCUCAGAAGCAAGUCGGUUCGGGCAAUGAGACGAUCUGUUUGGACAGCGAUGAAGAGGAACCAGUUCAACCAGUCGUACAGAAAGUGCGUAAAGCUGUCAAGUCGACGACCAAGCUUCCUUACUCCGACAACGUCACCACAUCAACGGACAGCGUCUGCCACGUCACGCCUGUAACGAAAAGUGAUUUGAACACCAUACUGGAUAAGAAAAAGAAAAUCUUGCUCGUUCCGACUUCAGAAUUCAAAUCUAUGCAAUCCAAGAACGCACCUAUAUCCUCAAAGUCCGUCUUCCAGCAAGGGUCCACGACAUCACAAACUGCCUCGAUAUCGAAAGAGCCGAUCUCGACUACGCGCCAAACUAAUUACAAAGACGUCGGCAAAACGACAGAUCAAUUGAAGAGUCAAUGUUUACCCGGAGACAUCAUACGAAUAAGCAAGGCUGGGAAGGUGGAGAUUUUAAGAAAAACCGAACAGUCCACCUCGUUGGUCGACCCGUCCGCGGAUAACUCUUUCACCAUCAUACCAGAAGAAUUGAUCAACAUAGACAAUAAUGCCAAAAAUGACGCGAAAACGCCACUCAAGACUGUAAAAUCUGCGGCAUACACGAACUACAAGACACCAGUGUCGAAGUCCAAAACUAUAACAAUCCCAAAAAGUUCUAUUCAAGGCAUUAGAUUGAAAUUGAAUCCCCCCGAGAACACACCAAAGGUGACAGCAUCAGAAAGUGCUCCUAAAUCGUACUCCAAAAGCUCGACCGUUUUAAGCUCCAUCGUCUCGAGAUCUAAAUCCCCGGAUCCACUGUCUGUACUUCAGAAUGUUGUGCAAAUACCCGCAGAUAAAUAUCAAGCUACGAUGGCAACUCACAGUGCGGACUCCCGUUCACUUCAAAAACCAACAGAUUCAAAUAAAAUUAAUGAAAAAUAUAAAGUUAUUGCGACACCAACUAAAACGACUGUCAAUAAUUCUGUUAAAAGGGAUAGUGUUCUUUUAAGACCGUCAGAAGUAACGAAGCCGGAAGCCCGCAGUGCUAAUAGCAAAGUUAUCGAUCUCACUGAAGCUCUGACGAUGGUCAGCGAAAUACAAAAAAAAGCGUCUCCUAAAACGGUCGUUAGCAAUGUCAAGGUGUCAGGAAGUUCGAAAGACAUUUCGAUAAGCAAAGCGGGCAAACUCAUGACCAGUAACAAGAUUAAGCCGUCGACAUCAUUCGACACGUCAACGAAACCCAAUACUAGUCUGAAGAAGCCCGCUGCUACUGAAGUGAGCAAGCGACCUUCGCCCUGGCAAGAUACGCUCCCUUAUAAGAAGAAGAAACCAGAUGGCCACAGAUUGACUCUGGCCGACUUUGACAUCGACGAUUUGGACGACAUCAUUGAGUUGGAAUAGAAUUAUUAUUAUUCAUCUAAGAUAUUAUAAAAUGAUUAUAGUUGAUUUAGCAUUAAUGCAAUGUAAUAAAAGGAAAAAAAUGUAAAAUUGUUCUAAGAAUAAUGACUCUACUCUCGUUUAAUUUAGAAUAUAAAGUCAUAUUAUGUAAGUGAAGUUACAAAUUUAUAUAUUAUGAUUUAUUUUAGUGACCGUUCAUAAAUUAAGUCACAUGUUGAGAGGUUCAACAAUAAGUGACACGCGAAAGACAAGAGUAGCUUUGUGAGGUCAGAUGUGACAAGCAAAAGAUUUUCAUUUCAAGUAUUAGUAGAAGCUCCGAAUUAGAAACGACCUUCACCCAUCAGUUUAAUUAAUGAAAAGUGUGUUCACAAAUUUUAGUAAGUUAAAAAAUAUAUAGAGAGUAGGUUGCUAAUACCUGGACAAACUAUUAUUAACUAUCAUUAAUGUUUGGCCAGGACUUUUUGAGGCAAUAUUUUUUUUAACAUACAUGAUUUUUGAUAUAUAACACUUUUCAUCCAUUAAACAGAUGGGUGAAGGUCGUUUCUAAUACGUAUUUCUUCCACGCUGAAAUUAUAAAAUUCAUGUGACGUAUUUUAUGGAUGGCCCCUUAUUGUGAUAUCAGCUAUUAUGUUUAUUUCGUUUGUAUUAAGAAUAUUUUAUUUUUUGACUUUCUGUGACUGCAUUACAUACUCAGCGCGAGUAUCAAGUAUCUUGUAGUUAUAAGAAUAGUUAUAAUAGUAUAAGUGUUUUAUUCUAUAAGAUACAUAGUUACUAGCAUGUGUUUCGAAAUACUAUUGUAGUUUUUUUUUAUUUUUUAAAUUAAAAUGAAAAAAAGCUUUUACCUAUUUCAUCAUUAAGUAAUACAUAAUAAUUAGUGUACGUAAAACUUAUAUACAAGUAUCAUUACGUAUGUUGAAACUAUACUGUAAGGUAUUGUGUGUGGAACCACUUUGAUAAUUUAAAACGAUUCAUUUGCAUGGGGAAUUUGUUUUGCUUGGUACCCGCAAGGUUCAGGGUCAAAUUUAACUAUAUUUUUUGUUUACAUUUGUUCUAUGAGUAGCUAUAAGAUUUAUCACAAUGCCAUCAAGUAUUUCAGUGCGGUGCCAGUCAGUGAUAUUGUUUAUGGUAAACUAGUAGACGCCCGCGAUUUCGUCCGCGUGAAAUCCUGCCAGCUAUCCAACGGUGUGCAGACCAUAGACGCAAAAAUGCCUUGCCUACCCUGAGAACUCAUUACGAACCCGUAUUGCCUAUAGUACCUAUAGUGCAUACCCUAGUUAAUAAUCCUGUGCACGCCACUGACCCUAUUCUACCCUAUCCCUACUCUAAGUAUAGUAUGUUCGUCUCCUGUUUCUUAGCUAGCUAUCCACCAAUUUUCAGCCAAAUCGGUCCAGCCGUUCUUGAGUUAUAAAUAGUGUAACUAACACGACUUUCUUUUAUAUAUAUCGUCGUUAUCAACCCAUAUACGGCUCACUGCUGAGCUCGAGUCUCCUCUCAGAAUAUAUAUAUAGAUAUAGAUAUAUCGUACCAUAGUUCACACCAAACAUCUAUUCUGCUCUGAAGUUGAGACCCGACGUACUGGCAGGCAGUGGCGUGCACAAGGUAUGCAGUAUUGGUACAUAUUGCACUAAAUGGAAAAUUCCUCCUCCAAAACAGGUACGCAAUGAAUCCUCAGGGUAUGCAUUGCGUUUAUGCAUCUAUGAAGUCACUUGUUGGCAGGUAUAUUAGACCGGCUAACAUAUUUGUUUUUUAAUUGCGCUACCUAGUACAUGCCCAUAGAACUUCAUAGAAGAUUAUAGGUUUGGUUAGAUUUAUACUUCAAUGUCAGACUGCAUCGUCACAUAACAAGUCGGGUGUUAACUUGUAUAGU